UCACGACCCGCCGCUGCAGGGAAGGGUGAAACUGAGUCGGCCUUGUACAUGGAGCUAUGGCGGGCUUGUGCUGGGCCGCUGGUGACUGUGCCACGAGAGCAGGAACUGGUGUUUUAUUUCCCCCAAGGACAUAUAGAGCAGGUUGAAGCAUCCACUAAUCAAGUGGCUGACCAGCAAAUGCCUGUGUAUAAUCUUCCUCCCAAGAUACUUUGCCGUGUUGCCAACGUCCUUUUGAAGGCAGAACCAGAUACAGAUGAGGUUUAUGCCCAAGUGACCUUGAUGCCUGAACCAAAUCAAGAUGAGAAUUCUGUGAAGGGGGGAUCCAUGCCAUCUCCACUGCCACAGUUUCAUGUAUAUUCUUUUUGUAAAACUCUGACUGCGUCAGAUACCAGCACACAUGGUGGGUUUUCUGUGCUUAGGCGGCAUGCAGAUGAAUGUCUCCCCCCACUGGACAUGUCCAGGCAGCCUCCAACUCAGGAGUUGGUGACCAAAGAUUUGCAUGGAAAUGAGUGGCGCUUCAGACAUAUAUUCCGGGGGCAACCAAAAAGGCACCUCCUUCAAAGUGGUUGGAGUGUGUUUGUUAGUUCAAAAAGGCUUGUUGCAGGGGAUGCAUUCAUAUUUCUAAGAGGUGAGAAUGGGGAGCUCCGUGUUGGUGUAAGGCGGGCCAUGAGACAGCAGGGUAUUUCUCCGUCAUCUGUUAUAUCCAGUCACAGCAUGCACCUUGGGGUUCUGGCGACAGCAUGGCAUGCCAUUCAGACUAAAACCAUGUUCACUAUAUACUACAAGCCCAGGACAAGCCCUGCUGAAUUUAUCAUUCCAUAUGAUCAGUACAUGGAGUCCAUUAGAAACAAUCACUCCAUAGGAAUGAGAUUUAAAAUGAGGUUUGAAGGGGAAGAAGCUCCUGAGCAGAGAUUUGCUGGGACCAUUGUUGGCAUUGCAGAUUGUGAUCCCCAGAAGUGGCCUGAAUCAAAAUGGAGAUGUCUGAAGGUGCGGUGGGAUGAAACUUCGACAGUUCCUAGACCUGACAGGGUUUCACCUUGGAAAAUAGAGCAAGCUCUUUCUCCUCCUUCACCAAAUCCACUCCCGGUACCUAGACAAAAAAGGCACCGGCCCACUUUUUUACAUCCCGAUUCCCCUGUCCUUGCAAGAGAAGCUUCAUUCAAAACAUCCAUAGACUCUCCAACAACUUCCGCUGGGCUUUCAAAGGUCUUGCAAGGUCAAGAAGUGUCAACCAUGAUAGGUGGUUCUUUUGCAGAAGUUAGUGAGUCAGACCCGUCUGAUAAGCCAAUAGGAUGGGCACCAUCUUUAGAUGAUGAAAAGAUUAACAAUCUUUUCACAGCACGCCGAUAUGGUUCAGACAAACGGUUUCCAUCAGAAAGAAUCAAGCAACCUUGUUUCUCAGAUUUAUUAUCAGGUGUUGGCACACAAAUGAACCCCUCACAUGAUUUUUGUUUACAGUCUGGGGAUGAGUCUGCAGUUGAUGCAAGUUCGAUGAAGCAAAAUACACUUCAGCAUCAAGAACGAGAGUGUAGCUUACUUGGGAAGCAAUGGUCUAUUGUGCCCUCGGGCCUGUCACUGAAUUUGACAGAUGCAAACACUGAAAACCAUGUAGAAAGUUCUGAUAUUCCAUAUCAACCACGAGGAGACUAUUGGUAUGGGGGUAACAACAAUUAUUUUGUGCUACCAGGUAACAAACUAGAAUAUCAUCAAAGGAACUGGUUGACUCCCCGACAAAUGUCUCAGAUGAAAGCCCCUUCUCAUUCCAGAGAUCCAUUGUUUACAUUCGAACCAUUGCAACAACUUGAGGUCAUGAAGCCAAAUGAUGAGAACUGCAAACUUUUUGGCAUACCCCUCAUAGGUAAUAGCUCUGCUGUACCCAUAAACACAGUGUUUGAGUCAGGUCACAUCCAUGCCGGUAUGAACUCCCUUCAUUCCGCUGCAAUUGAGCUAAAUGAAAGUCUUGAAAAGAAGGCCAAGGUUUCUAAAGAGUUAGAUUGUCGACCUACUGGCAAUGAGCAAAAGAAAAGAUAUCAAUCUUUUUGCCCGGAUGGUAGAGAAAAUGAGGGGAAAAUCUACAGUGGUUCUACAAGGAGUUGCACCAAGGUUCAGAAACAGGGCACAGCCCUUGGAAGGUCUGUGGAUCUCUCCAUUUUUAAGAGCUAUGAUGAAUUGAUAGCAAAACUAGACCAGCUGUUUGACUUCAAUGGUGAACUUAUGUCUCAAGACAAGAAUUGGAUGGUUGUGUAUACUGAUGAUGAGGGUGAUAUGAUGCUUGUGGGAGAUGAUCCAUGGACAGAAUUUUGUGGUAUUGUUCGUAAAAUUGGUAUCUACACGAAGGAGGAGGUACAGCAGAUGAAUCCAGGGGAGCUGGAUUCGAAAGGCGAUGAUAUGUCAUCUGUUGCAGAAGGUCUGGACACUAUUGAAAUGAAGAGUCUGUGGUUCCCUUCAGCAUCCAGUGCUGAGGAAUGUUAAAUUUCUCUGAAAAGACCUAGGUUUAUAGUGGCCUCAGGGAGAAGACUGAAGUCUUACUGAUCUGUCUCUAGUCCUUUAGGGAUGGGGGUGCAUGAAUCCCUUUCAACUCGUAUGAGAGGGUCUCUCUUCCCUUAUCUCUACGGUCUACAAAUUAGUAUUUUUAUCGCGAUAUAUACUGUAUAUAGUUGCUAUGCUCAACAAUGCAUUCGUCUUUCUUUGAAGGUUCCAAUGUUAUAUAUAUAGCCCAUCUUGCCGAGUUUCUUCAGCUCUGGAUAAAAGUAAGAGGUAAUGUGAUGCCUACAUCCACAAUGAAAUUUUUAUUGGGGAUUAGGGGAGUAUGGAAUUCUGAAUGAGUGUUUUUGUAUGGUAUUUCAACUGUUACACCAUGUAUUAUUUAAUAAAUUAUUUCACUUCUUGAAUAUAUGUGGUAACAAAAUAGGUUAAUGAACCAGACAUAUAGUAGCAGCACACCAAGUUUUAGUGCUGAAAGUCUUGACUUCGGCAAGCCAAUGUUAAACCAUUUAGCAGUGUCUAUUUAAGGAAGUAUAUAUGAUGACAUUUUGUCAUUAGCAAUUUAGCAGCCAAUGUUAAAGCUAGUUGGUACUGCCAAAUUUCAGGCGUAGCUGCCCCCACUCAAAUUGAAUAUUGGCAUCAAUGGUUUAAAACCUGGAUUGCCCUGAAUGAUCCUAUUGGAACGGUUUAACCAUGAUGGUUGUAUAUUUGGUUUGUUUGUUGACCUGUUGAGCUGUUUUAGCAUUUGACCCGGAUUAACCUGCCAAGAACUUGAGUUGAAUUGCUGACCUGGAGAAAUAUCGCAAUCCAGUAGCUGGUUUUAAGACUGACCCAGUGCAUGAACAAAAAAGUUCCCAAUCCACAAAAAAGAGAAGAAAAAGAUAUUAAAAAAAAACAUCUCAUUUCAUUCCCGUAUUACUAAUCUUUUAUUAUUACGUAUAUAAAUAUUCUAUAUGUUUGACUAUAUUAGUUUUAGAAAUGCUCCCCUCAGCUCCCCUGACUUCUCGUUAAGCCUUUUAUAGUAUGGUAUAUCUGUCUCGUUUGUAGUUAUGCUGUGCAGGUUUUACUUUAAUUAGAUUUAAAUGUUUUGUGAUUUCAUUCUCCCGCUAUAUUUUAGGGGUUAGAGGAGACGACGGUAUCCCUGAUUUGGGAUGAAAACCUAUGUUUUAAUUGUAUAAACGUGUAUGUUAUUAUUAUGGGAUUCAGAUUCUAUGUUACAUUCUUUUUCAAUUUCUUAUUACAUGCUCCAUUGAUUUGCAAAUAAACGGUGUAGCGAGUUUA